CAAAAAGCCAAUUCGGCAUCUGAAAUCAUAACCUCAAGUUCGUUUUUUGAGGUUGGGUUAAACGUGCUUUAUGAGAGUUUUAUUUGAUUUUUUGUAGCAUUGGUUUAAAAUGAGAAGAUUUCUGCUUUAUUUCUCAUAUAUUGGUACAGGUUUUAGAGGUGUCCAACGUCUGAUUCCACGUCAUGUGAAGACAAACCUUAUCACACCUGCUGUAACUGAGGUGAUAGAGGAUGCUUUAAAAAGACGUUUGCUUUUGGAAAAACUGCCAAUUCUACAUACUGCGAGUAGAACAGACGCAGGCGUACAUGCUUUAAGAUCAGCAGCCUCAGUAGAUCUAGAUGUUCCCAAUCUACCUCCAGAUGCAAUUACUGUCACGUUAAAUCAUUACUUUAGUAAGAUACAGUGUCCCAUUAGAAUCCUUAGUACACAGGUAGUGAAGCCUGAUUUCAGUAGCAGAGCUUUGCCCUUAUAUAGAAGUUACCUGUACAGGUUUGCCGUACAGAAAAAAGAUUCAGGAUUUCAAUCUGACUUCAGUUUUACACACUUGGUGCCUACUCCAAUACAGGAGUAUAAGAGGUGUCAUUUUGUGCAAACAGACGCAGGCGUACAUGCUUUAAGAUCGGCAGCCUCAGUGGAUCUAGAUGUUCCCAAUCUAACUCCAGAUGCAAUUACUGUCACUCUAAAUCAUUACUUUAGUAAGAUACAGUGUCCUAUUAGAAUCCUUAGUACACAGGUAGUGAAGCCUGAUUUCAGUAGCAGAGCUUUGCCCUUAUAUAGAAGUUACCUGUACAGGUUUGCCGUACAGAAAAAAGAUUCAGGAUUUCAAUCUGACUUCAGUUUUACACACUUGGUGCCUACUCCAAUACAGGAGUAUAAGAGGUGUCAUUUUGUGCACGAUUCAGACUUCGACAUAAAAGCAGUAGAGUCUGUCCUACCUCUGUUCGAUGGCACUAAAGACUAUGCAUCGUUCAUGUCCAACUAUAGAAUAGCUAAGUUAAGGGUAGAGCCCCCUCCAACCACAGUCAGGCGACUGGAUUCGGUCAGUUUACAUCCUGGUCGACCUCUCAUUCCCGGCUAUUUCACCGAUCAGUACUUUGAUUACUGGGAGGUCAAAGUCGUUGGAAAAUCUUUCUUGUACAAACAGGUGAGACGCACAGUAGCAGUACUAAUAGGUGUGGGCCAGGGUAAAGUUAACUACAAAGACGUUGAAUCUCUAUUCCUGAACCCUGGCACUUGGCUUGACGGACUUAAGAGUGUGCCUGCCUAUGGACUGUAUUUAACUGACGUGGUCUACAGUAAAGAGGCCUUGGAAGCGCCCGCCAAAGGACAGGAGAACGUUGUGAAACGAACUGUUGGAGAAGAAGUAGAAGGAGAGGAAGAAGGUGGAGAAGAAGAGGAGGAAGAGGAAGAGGAGGAGGAAGAUAGGAGGGAGGAGAGGAGAACUGUGAAGGUUGCAACUUCCAAAGACACAAAACAGCUGAGUAUCAACGAGAAAAUCAACCUACGUAGUUCAAAGAUCAAGGAAGAGCAACGGAAGGCUGUGGUAAGAGAUGAAACACGAAAACUGAGCACCAGACACGCUAUUGCUUUGGCUAAAUCCAAGUAUGCUAAAGGACUGACACACGUUUGAAUAAAGAAAUCUACCAACCAUGAGUCUCCUAGACCAACUGAAGAAACAAAAAUCCAAACUCGCCCACACCGAAACCGUUGUCAAAACAGUUGACGGCAAAAUUGUGCACGAAAACUUUGUCGGCAACACUUUCACAAAUCGGUUGACAACAAGCUCACAGCCCGGCUACAUUGUUGACAACAAACCAGACCUGCAGAUUGCGAAAA